AUGUUUCUGUGUCACCUUUUCAAAUUUCAGUCUCUAGUCGACAUGACACCCAAAUACAUACUUGAACCGUUUCUUCAACAAGAACUUCUAAUUAAUAUCACUGAACUUGAGCUUGUACCUGAGCACAUAGUGAUGACUAAAGAGGAAGUUUCAGAGCUGCUGGUAUGAUACAAACUAAAGGAAAGCCAGCUGCCCAGAAUCCAAGCUGGGGAUCCUGUGGCUCGCUAUUUUGGCCUGAAAAGAGGCCAGAUUGUCAAGAUUAUUCGACCGAGCGAAACCGCUGGAAGAUAUAUCACAUACAGACUGGCUCAAUGA